AGUUGCUGCAAAAUAAUUUUGACACAAGAGGAACUGAAAGGGGGAUAAAAAGAGGGAGAGAAUGCGCCCACUGACUUGUUUACUCAUCAGCCUCUGUUUGCCCUCCCUGAGCUUGGAAUCAGGUGACUGGUGCUACAACGUCCAAGAUAUCAGCUGUGGACCCAGCACCUGGAAGAUUAAACAUCAAAUAUGUGGGAUGAAGAAGCAAUCCCCUAUCAACAUCAUAACCAAGAAAGCUCAAAUUGAUACGAGAUUGAAUCCCAUUAAGUUUGAGGGCUAUGAUGGUCCUGAUACAGAUGUUGAAUGGACAUUAAAAAACAAUGGUCAUUCAGUUCAGGUGACAUUAAAAGGAAACAUUGCCAUCAAAGAGGGAAACCUUCCAAAUACAUACAAGGCAAUUCAGUUCCACUAUCAUUGGGGAACAGAGUCUGAUCCUGGUGCAGAGCAUACAAUAGAUGGGGAACAGUACCCCAUGGAGUUGCAUAUCGUCCACCAGAAUGAAAAAUACAAUUCCUUGGCAGAUGCUCUAAAACAUUCUGAUGGUCUGGCUGUGCUUGGUUUCCUGUUUGUGGAAUCACCUGAAAGGAAUUCAAAUAUUAACGACUUGAUCAACGCUCUGAAAUUAGUUCCACACAGUGGUAACUCCACACAGCUGAAAUCUUUUCCACUGAAUAAAAUUAUUUUAGACCAAAAAAAGCUUGAUAAAUACUACCGUUAUGAUGGCUCAUUAACUACUCCUGAUUGUAAUGAGGCAGUAAUCUGGACAGUAUUUGCAGAACCCAUUCCUAUCAGCAGGAGUCAGCUCAACGCAUUUCCUAAAACUCUUUUCUUCAGUGAUUCAAAACCCAUGGCUUUAAACUUCAGGCCUGUUCAAAAACUGAACGGUCGUACAGUCUUUGUUUCAGAUUCAGCUGUCAGAUCUCUCAGUGCUGCAGGACUAUCAGUGGUACUUGCUGUCUGGACAUCUAUAUUAUUCAACUGAGCAACCUGCAGAUCCUGACAUUAUCACAAGCAAAGUAGAUUUUCUUCUCCUGGCCAAUGGAUUAAAAGGGAAACUCCAGUAAAUUAAUAUCUCAAUCUGUACUGAUUAACAGUAACAAAUAUUUUGCUUCUCAUUAGAGAAGUCCUGAAGUGAAAAGGGAAUAAAAUAAAGUCUGUCCUGUCAUCACUUUAAUCUACCAGCAGUUAGCAGAUGGGUGGUACUAAUGCACCAGCUUGUUACUUCUAGUGUAUAUGUGCAACAGUACAAUGGAGGUUGUUUAAAUAGGAAAUCUCAUUAAAAAAAAUGUUUUGGAUUA